CAUGUUCAGGUGUGACUGGCAGCUCGUGCUGGUGCAAGGCUGGUACCUCAUGGCGCACAACCUAGACUUCUUCCUGGACCAUCUUAAAGAGCAACUUGAGAAACUUAACAUCCUUCUUGCUGAGAACGUCAUGAAACUGAACCAGAAACGGAACUCUGCUGUAGACAUGACCGCAAGUAGUGCCCACCAGCCUCACGUGUUCGACCCCUGGUCUGGAGAUGGAGACUCAUCACCGGAGGCUGAUCUUGACGUCAGUUUAGACCAGAGCUACGAUCCUCCUGCUAGUCAGUCUCUUCUGUCUAGAGGCAGUCGUUUAGACCAGCCAAGUAGUGGGAGCUACUCUAGCAGCACAUACAGCAAUUGUCUAAGUUACGGUACGCGCACCUCUAGUCCUGUGAGACGCAUGAAGCCUCCAGCAUGUCACCACUCACAGUGCGCGUCUCAGCGAAACUACGCUCGUUACUUGGAAUCAAUUUCUCGUCCUAGUCCCUUACGCUCAGACGCCGCCAGUAAUCGCAAGAGGAGCCCUGACAGAAGCCGCGUACGGCUCAUUUCUGCAGGAGAAGGCAGCGUGAGCAGCGAUGACGCGUCCAAGACUUUACUGGAGCCUGUGCUGUCGCCUGAGCUGAGUCUUAUGAACCUGUUGCGGUACUGCGUUGUGGCGCUGCAACUGCUGCCUCAGAACAGCAUUUCCGGGAUCAUCGUGAUAACUGAUGGUGUGUGCUGCCUCUCAGACGCGUCGCUCUUCGACGCGUUCCUGAACCACAUGCGCAACUCUACCAUCUCCAUCAGCUUCCUGCACCUAACCGCCAAGCCAACACCUGUACUCGAGCCGCCCUCUGCUUCGUCUUGUACUUCUCAUGAGGCAUCUCCUGUUCACCACACCGAAUACAUCUAUCCUGACUCCAGGAACGAGCCUCGAGUUGGACAAACUGACCCUCAAGGCUCAGUGAGUGCUCUUAAAAAUGAAAUUCCAGAAGACCGAACGAGUGCAAGUGUUCCCGAACGUGACCCGCGCUACCCGAUGUCAGCUCCUCGAGUUACCAUAGAACCAUGCCAUCCGCAGGACGCUGGGCAAAAUUCACGGAAGCCAACGCUAGCCUCGGUUGUGCAGAGUGCGCUGCGUAGGCUGGCAUCUUACCCUGCCGUGCCCGAGAGACGCAUGGUCGAGGAAGAUUUCUUCUCGUUGGACGGCAGUUCUGGGAUCUCGUUGAGCCGUCAACAAAUGCUACAGCUUAGGGAAGAAGCCCUUUGGCGUCAGUCGACCGUUCUGUUGUCCAGGAAACAGUGUGAAUUUUCUCCAGUGAAGGAAGCAGUAAAAGAUGCUUCUGAAGAAAUAUCAGAUCUGUCAGAUAGGGAAGAAGCUCUAGAUCAUUUCGACCUUGACGAUGAAACAGCCUUUGAAGAAGAUGUCGACCUUGCUGAGUGCUGGAAAAGUGUGUGGAGUGGCCAGAUUCAUUGGCAUGAUGAGAGUUCCUCUCAGGCCUUCGAUAGUUCAAUAUUUUAUGAAGACGAAUCCCCAAUGGACUGGAAUUCUGUAAUUCAACCUAAUGACGAGACUCUCCUGAGAGACCUCGAUGCUGACGCCGCUUUUGAGAAAGAGGUUUAUGGCAGCACAGCCCCAAAUGAGGAUCUCGAUGUCACCAUUCAAGACCCCAAGUCUCUAAAAAAUGAUUCUACAAAAUCUCAGGCCUCACUUAAUUAUGAAUCCUUAAAAUUUGCUGUAUCUGAAGCCUGUCGGAUACGGAAACGAAAUAUGUCUGAUAACUUGUCGACCAAUUCGGAUAAACGACUUGGCCCUCACGAGCAGCACGACUCGCUAAAGCAAGGGACCGGCCUCUUCUCGCUGGAGCGCGUCGAUGCCAAUAGCCGCUUCUCUAACUUCGUCCUGGGUUCAGCCAAAGGCCUCUACCCUUCGUGUCGGGAGUUUCUUCCAUCCCGACUUCAGGAACUUGUGUCUUCAGUUGCGGACUCCUUGCCGUCGCAGAUGCGUCCCAACCCACACCUCAGACCAGGAUUUCUUGACAAUGGCAACCAAGCUGCCGCCUCCAAUCAAUGCGAGACGCCAACAAUCCCUUGGGGAAGAUGGGAUCCUCGAGAAAGAUUCCGAUAUAAUAAAGAAGAGCAAGAGGACGAUCCUUGGAUGGACCCUGGCAACGACCACUUCGGGCUCGUCGCCUACACGGACUUGCUUAAAUUCCUCGCUGCUGCCACGGGAGGCGCCUACAUGGAUGUCGUGCCCAAAAUUACGGAGGAGUACGUGUACGCCAUGAGUCUGUACCACAGGACCUUCUUGUCGUGGGACUUCCAGCAGCUGAGACUCUUGGAUGCUUGGGGCGUCGUUAGGCCCGACUCGUCUUCCAAAACACACACGAACUUGGUGCAGCAUCGUACGAGCGCCUGUGUGAGAGAACGCUCUGAGCAUCUCGACUGCAACUCCCGCACCCUGCUCAGCUGUCGUCUGCGUGAGGGGUUCAGAGUGCGUGCCGUGCACGAACUCCACGGCCACGACACCGUGUUCCUCACGCUCCCGUGGAAGCACGGCGUGCUUCUCCACUACACGGUCACUUCAAUCGGCAACUCAGACUCUGCGCGGGGAUCAAACGUCAGGGUGGAAAUGCACGUGGAAGCGCCCUACGAGUUUUUGGUGGACCUCGAGAAGCUCGAUCAAUGGAAAGGACGUUUGCCGUUCCGUGGACAGCAGGAGUUGCUGGGGUCCGUGUACCGCCAUCAGCUCGUCACGAAAUACAGAGCUACGGUUAGGGAGCUCAAAGAAACUGACGACUUGUUGGUGCGACUGCAGAACUUUGCCAGCAAUCCUUUGCACUACACCGUGCCGCAGCACAGCGUCAGGGGCUUGCCCUUCUUUUACUACAAGCCCAAUGUUGGGCUCGUGUCUCUCAAUGAAAGCGGCGUAAGCAACAUCGUGUACGAGUUCUGGCGGCCGCUGUGUACAACCACAGGUACUUGUAUACUUAUUGUGGCUAAUGCUGCUCUUCUAGUCCUGGGUCUGGUGCAGUGCCGGCUCGCUGAGCUCACCCUCGGCACGCUGCUCGCCAAGUGGUGUCAUCUGGUGCUGCUCGAGGGCCAGACUUACGUCAAGUUCCUCUACAAGAAGGACUUCGACGGAACCAAGGAGUCGCCAAGCGAGCCUGACGAGGGUGGCUCUCCUGUAGCCCCUCGCUCUCCUCACGUCAGCGCUGCUCAAGAAGACAGAAAAUUUCUGCGUUCCCUGACCAUCUCGCAUCCAAUUACGAGAAGUCACGACUCAGUCCAAAGCGGCGGCAGCCCGGAAAUUCCAGGCAAAAUUCCCUUCGCCAGAAAACGGCACCUCGGUGACUUUGAAUUCAGCAAAGAUCACUCAGCAAAUACUUCAUUCGUGGACAAUUUCGGGAAUUCUUCUUAUACGUCUUCAGUCUCCCGGGUUUCCAACCGUGACAGUGGGCUUGAGUCCUCGAGUAUCUGCAGCGGAGCUGAGGUUGGCAAUUCACGCGGUGCAUAUCCGCCUUCAAGUUCCUCGAUGUCAGGUCUCUCAGACAGCCGAAAGAGGGACAGGAAGAGCAACGCCCUCAAGAUGGACGUCCCUCAGGAGCUGGAGGUGCCGCAGUCCUUCAUCCUGGUGCGCAUCAGUCCCGCUAAGCCGCCCUGCAUCACUCUACGGCUCGCCUUCCUUGGCGGCACUCCCGGCGUCGUUCGGCAGAGACUGGUGGAGGAACUCACGGCUCUAGUGGGCCGCCUGACGUUGCCGCUACGUCAGCGUCAUGGCAGGAAGCUGCUCACCAGGAGAGGAAUGGCAAUUUCUGGCUUAUCCAUUCCUCCACCGCCCCCACCACCUGCACAUUCUCGUCUGUCUGCUCACUCGUGCUCUCCGGCUGCUUCUGUCCCUUCUCCAAUCCCCACUUCUUCAGGUUCAUCCGCCCUCACUCCUGCCGCCUUUGGCUCUGAGCUCACUACUCACGCCCUGAAUAAACUCAAAGAAACUUCACAUGAAGCUACUGCUGGGGCCACUGCCGUGGGGCGUUUUAGCGUGGGUACUGUUGACUCGGAUUUGGGGCAAGACUCGCUACCUGCCGGGGGCGGUGGGUCUACUGACGGAGUGCGAGCAGCCUUGCGGUCUGCUAAAGGCUCGGCCGCCGCCUCUACUUCUGGUCUUGCAGCAAAGGUGGGUGUGGACGAGGCGAGUAUGGGGGAGCUUCAGUCACCCGUGCCUCUGCCUUGCUGCGUCAUCACCCGCAAGCAGAUUGACAAGAUCCUUAUAUGGUACGACAGUCUGCCGAAAAAGAUGAUGGAAGUGAUGCCCGAAGAGUCGACUAUGCACCUCAACCAUCCCAUGACUUCGUUCAGUUUCAAACAAGUGUCGGUGAACAACCAAGCGCUACUGAGCAGAUAUCUUCACCAUAGACGCUGGAUUUGGUCCAUCGUACCUUCCCUUAAAACUGAGAUCCUUGCAGACCGAACUCAAGCUUCUUCUGGUAAACCUGCUGCUGGGGUCGGUGUGGCAGCCGGUGGGGAAACAAAAAAUUUCAGAAAUUUUUCGGAUGGGAGAGAGACCCGACAUUUUUCGGACGAAAAGGACAAUCGAAAUGGUUCCGAUGGAAAAGAAAUGCGCAAUCCUGACGCUAGAGAUAACAGAAAUAUCUUCGAUGGAAGGGAUAACCGAAAUUCGUCUGAUGGAAGAGAUAAGAAAAGUUUGAGCGAAGGCAGGGGGAGACGGAGUGUCUCGGGAACGUCGAGUGUGACCCUCGCUGACGGCGUCGCUGACGACGACGAGCAUCAGCCGCUGUCGGUGCCACCGCCUGACAUCAAGACGCUGUCUAGGAUCCUGCACUCUCUCACCAGUACGUGCUCUUCCCCCCACACGCUCCAUGCGCUCCAGUCCAGUCGAGGACCCAGGGACGCUCAUCCUGCUGGGGACCGUCCCGAGCACCCCUCCCCAGGGCCUGAGCAUCUGCUGCAGCUGGUCACAGAGUGCUGGGUGGAGCCCCAGAACGGGCUGGUCGCGCCCUUUGUGCCGCCCAGGUACUGUCCCUCGGUCGCCCACACUCCCCUCUGCGCUUGCCCUCAUCUCAACGGCCUCUCUUACUACCAGAUCCCGCCUGCUAUCCUCGCUGAAGACCGAAAAGUUGUCAAUGCACUUCUGACGUUUGAUUUCCUUGCGAAGAUUUCCCACCUGCCCCCGCGCUACCACAAACCUGCGUUCGGGUCUCAUGGCUCCAUCCAAUCAUUCAUUAGCUCCCUGCUGCAGCCGCCGCAGCCUCCUAACCCGCCCGCCCCAUGUAACACUGCGCCUCUGAAGCCGACUCUCUCGACCGUGGGUACAUCUUUACCUCCUGCCAACCUCAACCCCAAGAUGACGGGACAGUUCUUCUCACCGUCCAUCGUACGCACCACCAGCACCACCUUGCCUCCCCGGGAGACCGGAGAACUCAGGGACUCUAGACUCCGUGCCGGCACCUUAUCUCCGAGGGUGUCGGGUUUAUCGGAUAGAAAACUGCGUGGUAUUUCAGCUCAUGACGAGAACUUUGGAGCCGGUUGCGGUCGUUUGUUAGGCGGACCGACUUCAGUUCUUAGCGAACGCGUUGUUGCCGCAGCUGUUGAUUCAGGACACUUACCAUCGACGUACUCGGGAGCCGCCACUUCAACAAAUACCGAGGGCGCCAAAAUAUGCCUCGAGUUCAACGCUAGGCCUGCCCCGAGUGGGUUUCCUAAAUUGUGCUCACGAAGCUCGAGCGUGAGCAGCAACCGUCAAGUUACGGACGCUGCUCACGGCACCAAAGGCUGGCAACGGCCAGGCCCUGAAGGCGAUCAUGAUCGCGUCCAGACGAUGACAUUUGAGCCUGCAGUCGCCGAGCUGUUGCAGUACUGCACUCAAGCUGAAGUUCUUUUCUCAACUUUCACACAAGACUUGUACUACCGCCUGAUCAAGCCUGUAAGCUGCGCCAUGGAGGACGAGAGCGACGCUAUCAACCAAGUCCUGUACAGCCUCCUGCUAGACCAGCUCCUCGACCUCCACAACGGACACGAGAUCCCCCUGUCGCCUCACGACCAUAAACUCCUUCCUCAGCUCCUCAGGGACAGACAUGAGGCUCGGGGAGGUUGCUUCGCCGAGUAUUUCGUUGAAAAUGAAGAAGAAAUUCCUAAAUGGCGCUGCCUGGUGAAGGCUUCAUCGAGCACAAAGCUCCUUCUGACUUUGCUACCGGCCUCUUACCACGACUUGAAGCUGCUUCUGCUGCACCGCUCAAACCUGACCCCUGACUACACCAACCCUGCGCUCAGACUCGUGUCUCCUUACGAAGACUUCCUCAAGCUCGAGAAGGAAGCAAGUCAAGAGUCCUCGGAGCGUUCAGAACUGCUCUUGCAGCAACAAAGAGGAUCUACGGAGAGUAACAGCAGUUCUGCUGUUAUUUCAGGCGUUUCUUUGAGCCACCGGUCGUCAACGCUGUCUUCGUCUGGGCUAUACGGAGGAAGGAACCAGUGUGGCUCUGUUUACAGCGGGUGCUUGGGAUCUUUCAGUUCUGGUCACACCUUGAGUGGGUCUCUCCACCAUCAUCAUCACUACCAUUCGCCCAUGCCCCACCAACACAGUCUUCCUUCGUCUCCUCGACCGUCCGCGUCAAUGACUUUCCCUAGCAUGCCGACGGUCGGCGGGGGUGGGGAGGCAGUGGCUCCUGCCACUCCCCACCAACAAUUGUCCGGAAGGACCAGAUUCAAAUCAGGACCAUCACAUCCGCACUAUGCACAAAAGUCGCAGCUUUCGUCUGGUCCUCCCGGGAAAGAAGGCUUCAGCAGAGCGAGGGCGAGCUCAUUUCACGGCCGUCGCGAGAGAUCGGGAUCUCUGAGCCGGUGGGGACGGGGCGGUGAGCGAUGUCGCCGCGGGUCUGUGGGUGAUGGUCCUGAGCGUCCACCACAAGGCCAGAUGUCACCAGCGUGCAACAAGCCCGACUGUACCCACUCUUUGCACUCCCGCCAACAUGGCGGUUUCACUAGACAACAACAGCAGCAGCAGCAGCAGGUGCCAUACCACGUGCAGGUGGCGAAGCAAUCCUCAGCUCCCAGUACAGAAAAAUCCCGUAAGCGAUACGUGUCCAUGCCUAUGAAAUCCUUACCUGGGUCUGGAGCUGGCGCGUUUUCUGGACCUUUUGACCUGAACAACAAAAGCAUUUCCGCCAGCGUUUCCACAGAAGCUCUGCAUGGAGGAGCCUCAGCUUGUUUUUAUGAAAAAGUCACCACGCCCGGCGCUUCUUCGAGCUGCGGACGUGCCGGAGAAAAUGUGGAGACCCGCCCGCCCCAGAAGCCCUGUGGGCACCGGCCGCUGCUGGGGGCGCUAACCCUGCCUGUCUACCUCUACGACUGUCGCCUCGAUGUCAUCAUAUCGCAGCUUGUACAUCGGAGCACAACCCGCAACGUGCUACGCGACAUCUUCAAAGACUUCACCCUGCACACCGACGCCGUGCCAGCCACUGAACGUGCGUCACGAUCCUCUAAGAAGGACGACGACUGUGACGACUCGUAUUACUCCGAGCAACACUUCAUGCCUGCUGGGGACGAGCCCGAGGAACCUUGUCGCGACGCGUCUGCUCCAAGGAGCCCAUCGAGUGCCGCCAAGACUGUCGUCGCUGGGGAGAUGAGUGCUCCUGUAGGGGCUGACGUGGGGUCCUCUGGCAAUAUUAUGAGUGAUGCGUUACUCGGCAGCAAAGGUGUUGGUGCCUCGAGUGCCACCGUCAGGAGGAAGAGUUCGGUCACGAAGUCGCUGAGUGGCGGGAUGUCCGGGACGCCGGGACGGCGUGUUGGUGGCGGCGGCCCUCGCUUCAUGACGGCGCAUGAGGCCUCGAAACAGCGCCACGCUGCGGACGAGCUCGACCAACGAGAGACGUCUAGUUCGCUGGUGUGGCUGACGACGGCAGUGGAGGCGUGUCAGUACCGCUGCCUCGUGGUGACGAGCUUUGAAGCGCUGCGUGCAGGACUGAGCGUCCACCCCUGCGACCUGAACCCUGUGCUGGACCAGUGCCAUGAGUCCGUGCACGAGAUCGACAUCACUGAGUACCUCCAUGCGAUAUGCGGACAUAUUCGCGACUUUUCGUUGCGGCAGAAAGUGGAAGAAACACAACAGCAGCAACAGCACAAAUCCCCUACAUCGACCUCUCCUCCGCGCCCAACAGACCCUGAUAACUGGGACAAGCAAGGAACCUUGGAGCAAAUGGAGUCCGUUGAGCAGCUCGGUCAGCUCGAGCAGAAUCUUGUUCGUCGAGCCAACACUCAAGAUGAGCAAAAAUUCAAAAAUUUCCCUCUCGAGGUUUCUGAAGAAUCCGAUACUUGUAAAAUAGUCCCUCCCGCAGUCGAAGCUACAAAGAAAGAAAUUCAAGAGCAUUUAAAAUUAUGUCUCAAAGAAACAUUUGAAAAAGCCUUACUUGAUAGCAAUUCCGGUGACACGCUCAUCAAAAGCGCAGUUUUGGAAGGAGCUUCGAAGACUUCAGCGCCGCCUACGACGAAGUCUUCGAGCGUUGAGAAGACAGGAUCUUCUGUGGACUCUGUAGGAUCUCAUCCUCGUCCUGUGCUCGAGCGCCAGAACUCCUUGCAUGAAGACCCAACGCUGUCCAUGGAUCAGAAAUGGACGCUUGGUAAGCACUACAAGGUACACCGCAGCAGCACGAGCACGAGCAGCAGCAGCCUGUUCCCGCUAUGCCUGCUGGAGCAGCACCAGCCCUGUCGCCCCCUGCAGUCGCUGCACUCGAGCAUACGGCAGCGCUGCACGGCCCUCCUGCUGCAGCAGUACCGUCCUGUGCCCGCCAUGCCUGACCAUCACUUCUACGUGCAGGGCCCAGCCCCUGCUGCUGCUGCCUCGCUGGGCGCGUCCGGUAAAUUGCGCCACUCUACCACCAAGAGGUCACUCAAGCACCAGCGCUCUCUGAGCGGCUGUGGGGGCGGCGACGAGGACGCCAGCAGCUGGGCCGCCGUGGGCGACGGGGGCGACAGCUGCGUGGGCGACGAUUUCCCUGACGCUGACGACCCGCUGGACGCCAGCAUCGAGUUCAGAUCUGACGUCAGCAGCGUCGCGUGGAGGAAAAUUCCCAACGACUCCGCUAAGAACUAA